UUGUAUUGUUAGUCUAUUAUUAGUCAGUCUGGUCUAGUAUUUUUACCAUUCUGUGUAGUUGUAGUAUAGAUGUCAUUCAGCAAAUUGCAAUGCUUGAAUUUUAAUUUAAGCAAUUUUACUUCAGGAACUGUAGCUGUGGUGUUGGGCCUCUUAUGAACAGAUGAUGCUGAAUGUGUUUGACAGCGUUAUGUUUUUCUCAUUAACACAGGAUUCAUUUUUUUUGGGAUAUGGACGACCAUGAGAUGGUUAAUCAUGUGAUAGAUCAACAUAUAUUUUAAUUUUCAGUUUCAUUAGUUGAGAUUUGCUUGUGUACAUGCGUGUGUUUGUAUACCAAGUCAUCUGUAUUCUAAGGGAACAUCAGAUAACCUCCAUCCAGAGCAGACACUGCAGAUAUGGCUUUCCAUACACUGGCCUCUGCUGUUGCCUCAACAGGAGGCGCCAUUCCAGGGCUGUAAUGCAGAAGGCUGCAUAAAGAAAGGGAGUGGAAAAAGGGCAGGCAGAACAGGGAGAGGCUUAUAUAACAUGGAGGAAGAGCUGUUCUCUAGCGCCAUCUACAAAGGAUGGGAGAAAGUCAGCGAGGAGAUGAGGAACGCCUAACCAAAGAGAGAGAGCCCCCAUUCAGUGCCGAAGUGAAACUGCUGCUCUUUGUUCAAGCAGGGUGUAAUGUGUGAUGCUUGUCAUUGGUGAGGCCAGGAGCUGAUGCAGGUUUUCCCAUGAUGAAUACAGGUGGCAGAAUGUUUCAACUCCCAGUGAACAACCUCAGCAGUCUAAGGAGAGCUAGGAAAAAUGUGAAAAAAGUGCUGGGUGACAUUGGCUUGGAGUUUUGCAGGGAGCACAUUGAUGACUAUAAGGAUUUUGUUCCCAAUGAGUUCUACAUUAAAAACACUGCAUGGGACGAUGUGUGUAUGUGGGAUCCCUCAAUGACCAAAUCACAAGAGUACCGCUCAAAGCCGUUCUGUUGUUCAGGAUGUACAUUCUCCUCCAAGUUUUUCUCUGCCUACAAGAGUCACUUUCGUAAUGUGCACAGUGAGGACUUUGAAAACCGCAUUCUCCUGAACUGCCCCUAUUGCACUUACAAUGGGAACAAAAAGACUUUGGAGACACACAUCAGACUGUUUCAUAUGCCCAACAAUAUGGUGCGCCAGAAUGUUGGAGGACCUCAGGGAGCAGGGGUUGGUUUGAAAGAUGGUGCUCGACUGGAUAAGACGCGUGAUAAUAUAGAGCAAGCAGUGUACUACUGCAAGAAAUGCACUUACAGGGACCCACUAUAUAAUGUGGUGCGAAAACAUAUCUACCGAGAACAUUUUCAACACGUAGCGGCACCGUACUUGGUGAGGCCUGGUGAGAAGAUAACACCACCCAAUGGGACAACAGCAGGCUCUGGUGCAGGAAGCAAUGCUGAUUCUGGUGGUGCCAACAGUACGAGCACAGCCAUCCACUGCAAACGGUGCCUAUUUGUACCCCGUACCUAUGAAGCCCUUGUGCAGCAUGUCAUUGAGGACCAUGAGCGCAUUGGUUAUCAAGUUACUGCCAUGAUUGGACACACCAAUGUAGUGGUACCUCGGGCGAAGCCUGUGAUUAUGGUGUCCCCUAAAGCUCAGGGUGAUAAGGGCCUCAUUGGUGUAAUGCCAAAGGGUACAGUAGUGACUGGGGUACGGCCUUUAUCCACUCAGCAGCUGAGCCGAAUUGUCAUUCCUAAAGGGAGUUUGAACUCAAGUGGUCUCCUGUCAGGUGUUCACCUGAAACAGGGAGCGUUUGGUUUGAAGCCAGGGACUACACAAUCCUUGACCAUCGGAGGACAACAGGUUCAGCUCUCAAUCCCACAGCAGUCUCAAACAAGCAAACCACAGCUUUCUGCUAGUCUCCGCAGUUCGGUUUCUGCAUCUGCAUCCACUUCCAUACUAAAGAUCCCUCAGCUGAACUCUCGAGUUCAGGCAGCAGCUACUACAGUGUCAUCUGUUACCUCCAAGAAGGGCAACUCUGUCAUCGGCACAUCUUACACUCAGAAAUGGAAGAUCUGCACCAUCUGCAAUGAGCUGUUUCCAGAAAAUGUGUAUAGUUCACAUUUUGAAAAGGAGCACAAAGCGGAAAAGGUACCGGCGGUGGCCAACUACAUCAUGAAAAUUCACAACUUCACCAGUAAAUGCUUAUACUGCAACCGUUACCUACCUAGCGACACGCUUCUUAACCACAUGUUGAUACACGGCUUAUCUUGCCCGCACUGCAGGGCCACAUUCAAUGAUGUGGAAAAAAUGGUGACGCACAUGCGAGGGGUACAUCCCAAUGAAUCCGUAGGGCCACGGACAGACUCCCCUCUUACUUUUGACCUCACACUUCAGCAGGGAAAUCCCAAGAAUGUCCAGCUGAUCGUCACCACGUAUAACAUGCGGGAUGCCCCAGAAGAAUCUGUGGCAUUCCAUGCUCAAAACAACGCAUUACCACCAUCAUUGCAGGGGAAUAAACAGGUUACCCCACAAGUCCCAAAGAUACCCUCAGAUGCCUCAGACGUCAUACCGGCUAAGGCUACACCCCAAGCAGCUGUACCUUAUAAGAAGGAUGUAGGCAAAACACUUUGUCCUCUCUGCUUCUCGAUUCUUAAGGGACCUAUCUCAGAUUCUCUAGCUCAUCACUUGCGUGACCGCCAUCAAGUUAUACAAACGGUUCAUCCUGUGGAGAAGAAGUUGACUUACAAGUGCAUCCAUUGCCUUGGCGUCUACACUAGUAACAUGACAGCUUCCACUAUCACUUUGCAUCUUGUGCACUGCCGGGGUGUCAGCAAAACUCAAAACGGCCGGCCUGCUCCCUCUGCGAGAGUUGCACAGGCUCAGGGUGCUGGUCUCAAACGGGCAGGUUUAGCAAAUUUCGACCAAACUGAGCCAAAGAGAAGAAAAUCCGGAACCGAUGACCAAACUGGGCAUAGCCCACCAGUUUCAAUUGACAAACAAGACGACCCUGUAGUCUUUGCCUUGGACCCGAAGGGUUACGAGAAUGAGUCCUAUGAGACACGAAAAGCUUUCCUCACUCAGUACUUCAACAGGCAGCCUUACCCCACUCGCCGAGAGGUGGAGAAGCUUGCAUCCAGUCUCUGGCUUUGGAAAUCUGACAUUGCGAGCCACUUCUCAAAUCGAAGGAGGAGAUGUAUGCUGAAUUGUGAAACGUUAAACACUCGGGUCCUGCUGGGAUUUAAAAUGCAAGACAUUGUAGAUUUGCAUCAUCCCAUUAAGUUUGACUCAAAGUGCUAUUUCGAGAACCAUAAAAAUGAACAUAAAAAUGACCAUAAAAGACGAACUUCUAAGUAUCGCAUAGGCAGAUCUGCAAAUGCCAUUCGCUUUCGGCAAAGAGCUACAACCAACGGUGACCUGCAGCUGAAGCAUGGGACGCUAACAAGGGGUUCUGCCAAAGCCUUGCUUUACUCGAAUGGUCAAAAGACCAUCAUAGGGAGCAACUGUAAUGAUUCAAUGAAGAGCACCUUAAAACCUGAAGCACUUGUCAAUUCUGAACCAAUUGCUGUGGACUCGGACAGCGAUAAUGAGGUGAAUGUGCAAAAUGCUAGUCUCAAUGCACAGUCCCUUAGUAGUGAGGAGCCAGAGACAAAUGAUAAAGUGGAAGGAAGUGACUCUGACAUCAGGGACGACACCCACAGCGAAAACGGCUAUGGGGCGAAAGACUUGUUAAAUGAAACAAGGCAACGAAAGGGCGAAUGUCAGUCAGGUAUCACAAACAAGCUUGAACAAUCAGAGACUCAGUUAACCAAGCAACAGGUCUGAUUUCUGGACAGGGUGAAUAAAAUGCACAUGUAUACUUUUGCUGUACUUUGAUGUACACCAACAAUGCUGCCUCAUUGAACUUCUGAAUCUGGACCUUGGUUACAUUACAGAUAAGGAUCUGCUUUUCCCUCAACACCUAAAGCCAUUUGAGAAAGGCAAAAAAGUCAUGUUUUACAGUUUGAAGUAUGAAGAUGAAUGCAAAUUGUUUGCUUGUGAAGCUGGGGUUGACCUCCUUAGGAUAGGGAAAGAAAACACUCAACAUUCACCAAACAAUACAUGAUUUGCCUUCAGUUUGUUCCUUUAACACCCAGAAACAUAACCAUACUUGUUGAUGUUCCUUCAGCCACUCCAAAAGGAGUGAUUAUUAGAACCAACAGGUAUUAUUAAAUUUCAUGGUAUCAAAUAGUAUUGGUAGUGUAUAUUUGUACAGUCUUUUAGAUAUGUCUAAGGAGAUGUGUAGGUGUACUCACUGAUUUAA